AAGAUCAACAUCAGGUCACCAGCCCAGAGCCAAGGCGAGAGAUAAAUUCUGCCUUUAAAUCUAUAAAUCAAGACUAUUUAAGUGAACAUUCAAUUGACAAUUUCUGGAUGUUGGAUUAAAUAGAUCAUUAUACAGUGAUUUAUAACGAUAUUUCUACCGUAAUAUCGUCCAUGUAUAAGUAUCAAGCACAAGAAUGACAAUGUGACAGUUCACUAUGAAAAUUAGUGAAUAUUUUGGCGCAGCUUUACUAUUUAUUACUGUGGCCACGCAAUGUGAGAGUCUAAGUAAUAUUCAUAUAACUGGAACAGCUAUACGAUAUAGUCCAAGUUCUAAUGACUAUGUAGCUUUGGAAGAUGGAUUUUUAGUUGUGCAUUGCGAAGAAAAAUCAAACAGCAUCACUGAUGUUUUUGUCAAAGUCAAGUUGCAAUCUAAUUUUUUAUGUUAUGUGAAUGAAAAAUACCCAUUGUCCAAAAGUGUUUAUGAUGAAUGUAAUAAUAUUAUGAAAAUACGUGUUGAAGAACAUCCGGAAAGUGGUGGAUAUAGAAAUCUCAGCUUUGCCUUUCGUACCCCUUGGCUGAAUUAUCAGCCUCGGAAAGAUUGUAGACAUUGCAGGGUAUGUUACUGUGCGAAACCUUCCUCAAAUGAUUCUAGAGGGGUAACUCUAUCUCCUCUUAGUUGGCCAAAACCCGCAAUUAUAAAAAAAUGCUAUUUAUACGAUUAUUCUGAUAUUAAUUGUGAAUGGGUUUUUGCUCACAAGCAGGCCAAGGGGACACUAUUGCCGAAAUUCAACACUGUUUUGUCUUUUAAAGACAAAUACUCUGGAGUAUAUGAGCUAUGUACGACAAAUAUCGCGCUAAACAAUUGCACAACUGACAUAGGAAACUUCGCUCAAAGUUUUGCUCAAAAAGACUAUCGAUUAAUGAUACGUGCUGAAUUGCAUAUAAAGUUUGAAAUGAAUUUCCCUAAAAAUUUUGACCUGAGCUCUCUAAACAAAAAUAAUGUCAAUCUUUCCAUGGAUAAAGAAAAUUCUGCAGUAACAUUCGCCUAUCCUUUUGAAGACAAAUACGUUUACAAAUUAGGAACAAACAAAUUAAUUCCUGGAAAACCCAUUGUUUAUGAAUGUGACAACUUGAAGGAUCCAAUUGUCAAUAGCACAUCAAUGAUAGUACCUGUUCAACCAUCAAAAAAUUUUUUGAAAGUGAAGCACCAUUAUGAUGUUGAACUGAAUCUCUACUGCAAAUUAUCAACCAACGAAGUGGCUGAAUCUGAUAAGAAAACUGUAUACGUCAUCACUGGAAAUGAAGAUUCAUGUGGAUUCUGCAAAUUUGAAAAUUUAGCCCCUGCAACAAAUUAUAGCUUAUUCAUGUCGUUAAUUAGGGUUGAUAACGAAAAGGAAUAUGGUAAAUCUAGUGAAAACACUGUUUAUACUUUUAUAACGAACACAACAGAACCCGAAGCUUUACCAGAGACUUUUUAUUAUAUUCAAAAUGGUAUUAAACCUUCCGUAUCUGUCAUCUGGAAUUCCUUAAGCAGGAGACUAGCUGGUGGAAAAACUGUAGCAUACAAAAUUACAGAGAAACACUUAACGACAAUUCUUAAUGCUGAUAUCUCAUGUUCGUUUGAGGACCUAUAUUCUAUAUGUAAAUUUAUAAGAAAGGGGCUCGACAGCAGUAUUAGAGUUGAAAGUACAUGGAAGAGUGAUCUUAGUUUUAACUUUUCCUUAUUGAGAGAUGUACCAGAUCAAAUUAAUUUACCUGCAAAUUGGGCAGAAAGGCAGCCGGAAAAUAUUUUGCUAACAGCCUACGUUGAUCGUUCAAUGAAUAAUAAUAAAGUUAUAAUUGUAUGGUCACAUUGGGUGAUGAAUGCUACAGAAUACAUUUUAAUUUUGUGCCGAAAUCAGGACAGUUUUCUUAAAGGUUGCACAAAUAACAUGGAAAGUUUUAAGAUUCCUCGAAAUGAAUCUUUAUUUGAAUAUUCAAUAAAAAUGGAUUUAACGGAAACUGUUAUGAAUAAUUUUAGUGUUGGUGUUUCGGUAAAGUUUAAAGAUGAUUUUAUGUCUGGUUUGCUUUUCUCUCCUUGUGUGUUUAAGCAGAAAAAUUUACAUUUUAAUGGUAUGAAAGGAGAUAAUGCUAUUGAAAAUAUAAAGACUAAAAUUAGAGGGAAGAUUUUGCAUUCUAUAGUAAACUUGAAGAAAAAUCCAUGCGAACUUGAUAUAUUCUUUACUUAUGUUGUAAUUUAUUUUUGUGUUUCCAAGAACGAUGUUUGCAUAGAAGAAUGCCAAAGGAAAAAAUUUUGGAUUAAGAAUAAGAGCACUAUGACAUUUGAUUUAGGCAUUUCCUCCUCCAAGGAAGUUUUAUUAUGGGGUAAAGUUGGAUCUCACCUAGGUGAAUCAACCAAUUCAAGUAAUUACCAGAAAACAGCGAACUUUUCAGGUAAACUUUCCAACUGAUAUAUAUUAUAUACAAUGUAUGUUAAACAUAAAAAAGGAGCUAGAACAAUUAAUUACAAAUACUCUGCCUCAGAAACAAAAAUAGACAAACAUAAUGGUAGUUUUCUACAAGAAUUUGCGCAAUUUUUUGUAAGAAAGUAGUGCCAUCUGUAAGUCGAAUAUAUGAAUUUAAUGUAUGAUUUUCUUUGAAGGAAAUUGUAUAGUCUAGUAGCUGCUGAUAGGAUACUAUACAACUUACGUAAGAGAAUUCUGUAUUUUUUUAAUACCUUAUAUAAAUUUUAGUAUGUAAAAAUUAUUCCCAAUAGAUUAACGAUUCAUUUGCAAUAAAGAGAAUAUUUUAUAUAGUUUUCAGAAUAUAGCAGUUUUGUUUUGUUUCUAUUCUGUUAUAUAGUUUAUUAUAAUGUAAAAUGUUGAAUGGCAAUUUUUUAUUACUACAACUAUUAUUUGUAUUGUUAUAAUAAUUAUAUUGUUCUUUCCUCAGCCGAAAACUCAUCAAAGGCAAAUCUAAUUGUUCUCGGUAUAGUGGGCUCAUUGAUACUGGUAAUUAUUUUCAUAGUCUUAGCAUGGAAGUUAAGAGCCGCCUUUUGGAAAUUUGUACAUUUCCCGAUAGAAACGGAUUUUCCAGUUAUUUUGAAUGAGGUAUCUUCGAGCCAUCCGAAUGGUGAUGAAGCGGCGAACGCUGAGCAACCUAACCAAGGAGCUACUCCGCUAUUACGGAAUGAUGAAUCUGUAACUGAUGGAGACAAGAAUUCGCAGGGUAGUGGUUCGGAGACUCCGAUUUAUGUUGAGAUAAAACAUAACAAAGGAUCGAAUGGUUAUUUAACAAAUGAACCUGAGAAAUUUGAAGAUGUUAGAGAAACAGCCAACGGCUACUUGCCAAGAGACAAUGUACACCUUUUAGGUCCUUGUAAUCCAAAUAGGACUAAUGAGGUAACUUUAGUGAAAGGAGCCACUGCUUCUCCUAUUUCUACUGAUACAAUGCAGCUCAAUGUAGAGAAUGGUUCUACGAACGGUCAAUCUAGUCAAUUGGGUGGGAGUUCGGGAUCCUACGUUGACCCAUCCGUGUUAUUUUCAAAAGGAAAAUAAUAAGUAAUAAUUUGUUUACGUUAUAUAGAGUAUUAUUUUGUUAAUAACAAAAAUUCGUUACUGGUAUUGUUCAUAGAAAUCUUUGUGUUUUAACUUAAGAGAAAUGUUUUCCAACUGCUAAAUAAAACAGUUUUCAGUUAUUACUACUUUAAGAUGUCUUCUCGCUUUGUUUUCUUUCUUUGAUAAAUACAUAAAGGAACGUUUUGGUGUUUUUAUAUUUGUUUUCUUAAGUAUAUCAUCUAUAUUUUCCUUUCUGUUUUCUUCACUUCGCUCUCCAUUUCCCUUUCUUUAGUAUUAAUUGUUAUGUUUAUUAUGCUAAAUUGAAAAUUGAUAUUAUGUUCUUACUAGUCUAAAGGAUUAAUGAAAAUUUAACUUCAAUUUUUUAACCAGUUUUUAACGAUAUUGAAUUUGUAUGAUACAAGUGGGGAAUUGGGGAGAAUAACAGUAAUAGUUUAUAUAUAUAUAUAUAUAUCAAUUUAUAUUGAUAAUCUUAUAGCAGAACAAAUUGUAUAAAAUGAACGUACUGUAUAUAUGUGAAUAGUUAUUUAUUUGUUUAUUUAAUUACUUAUAAGUGAUGUAAAAUACAAAGAAUGAUUUAUACAUAUGUAUAUACAUAAUUAUAUACAUUCAUACAACAACAUAUCUUUUUGUUUGUUUGUUUAUUUGUUUAUUUACCAUAUUUUAGUUACAAUUGAAUAUUUGAACAUAAUUUUUAAAAUAUUACUUUGUGGAUAGUUGAAAUAUAUGCCCACAGUGUUUUUAGUGUCUUUUAUUUUUUUAUUUUGAAAUCUAUCGCAAGAUCUUGAUUUUAACCUUCAAGGUGAAUUCUCUUACUUAUAUUUGACUUACUUUUAGACCUUCCGGAUGUAAUAUAUAGGCAAAAUAUUUCUUGUUCAGUAAUAUAUAGGCUAGUAUACUGUACGGGAUUUUUGUGGUAACGAUCAAUAACAGAAAGUUUACAGGCUUUCAGCAGUAAAAUCGAUAAAUUUGUACUGAGCAGAACAGGUUAGUUGAACAGGUAAAAGUACACUACAUUGAUAACAAAAGCUACGUCUGUAGAAAUAAAGAUAUCAGGUCAUUCGGUACAGUUAUUGUUUACAACAGAAAAUACCACGUUUUAUUGUUACCUAUUUAUACAGGAUAUUGUGGAGGGACUCUACCGAAACGUAAUCAACCUUCAAACGCUUUCCUAUUGUUCUAAACUCUUACUUUUAUUGUUCAAACAUAUUUUCUAAUAAAAAGAGAUCCUACAAAAAAAUAGUAAUAAGUUGAUUUCAAUGAUACACUCAGCUUUCACUUUUUUAGUUAAUUAAACAAAUUGAUCUACACAAAUACUUAAGAACUAAAGAGAGAGAGAGAAAAAGAAAAAAUAGCCAUUCUUCAGCUACUACACCUUAAACACAAGUUUUUUAAUAUUUCUUUGCAGGCGGAUACAAUAUUCAAAUACGUCGAUUAAUACCUUAUAAAAAUGCCUUUUUUUAAGUCUCCGAUUCAAUUCGGGGGAAAAA